AUGCCGAGAUUCGACAAGCUCCUGAAUCCCGCAUUCUGUGCGAAUAACGUAAAUUCGCCAUGUCCCAAUAACACCUCCAAGGCGAACAAGGCCUGCAGCCGUUGCUUAUUAGUUGUGUACUGCAGCGAAGAAUGUCAAAAUGAGCAUUGGCCCACGCACGAGAAAGACUGUAAGAACAUCUUCACACAGGAGUCAUGGAAACCACACUGGCAUACAGCAGACCGAGUGCCAACUUUCCGCAAGGAAAGCGACCCGUAUGAACCGAACACGAACAAAGGCAAAAUAUCGUGGUGGGGAUCCAUGCCAGCAGUGGAUUUGCUAAAACUGGAUGCAAAUGAAGGCCAGGAUGCGCCUCCCAAGCUCAGUAUUCUGUUCGCAGCAUCGCACGAUAUUCGAAAUAUGGUCGAGACAAUCGCUCGUCUGCCAGAUAUGUAUUCCGGACAAUGUGAAAUGGUGAUGAAUGGCAUCCACCCCGAGAUUUUCACUCAGAAUAUCAUCCUUGUUUUAGUAGCUUUUCAUUUUCCACCAGAGGAGGCCGCUCCUAUUAUGAUUCACUUGUGGUAUUCAGCUUUGAUCCCCUCAUCUGUUCUUGCAGCACUUCGAGCGAAGAUCCUGCCAUUGAUUCAUGAAGUCUGCGUUCCAGCUGACUACGAACCUUACGUCCCGGUUUACGAAAUGGUGUGCAAGAAGAACAAAGCAUCCCUAUGUAUCGAACUUCCGAGAGAGGAGUGGCACCGUCUUCGAAAAUACCUUGAGGUUCCUCCUCGCCUCUCUGCUACCACGGCUGCCGAGAAUCGACACGAAGUCACCCUGGCGCUCAGCAGAAAGGAUGAAAUCCAUAGGUUCCUAUACACGCAACCCCGAUAUUGGCGUGUUUCCUCGGUAAAGUUCCGCGCUGAUGGCAUAUUGUUACCCUUUGGAUGCUCACGGGAAGAAUUCGACACCCCUAACCCGUUAACAUACGCAACUGCGGAAAGCGAGAUCCUUCGCAUCGAAAACGUCCUCUCCCUAUUUGGCCACUUACUGAAGCCGAAGAUUCUAAACCCGAAGGCCAUGCUGCUUGUCCUCCUUGUCCGCGACAUUGAGGCCAUGUGGACUGGUGAAUCAAUUGAUACCGAACUAACUCGUGUUGCAAAAUACAUCCCACAGGCUAAAUCAACGAGUCGCAAUGAUGCUGACUAUCUGAAGUCUUUGUUAGCAAGCACUUUUUUCCGCGAUGUCACCAAAUUGUUCGAUCUUUACAAGAAGGCCGCAAAGUUUGAUGCACUCGCAAGAUACGGAUUGAAGAUAAGAGAAAAGAGUACAGUCGUGCCCCACUGGCCAAUGCGACCUGGAAAACACCCUGCCCAGCAGGUGUUUGAAAUCCUCCUGGCAUCCGGCGCUACUGGCCUUGAGCGGUACAUCGAGUGGGAACGGGAAUGA